GGGGCCGGCGGGGCCGAAGAUGCCCGGCGGGGGCUCGGCUCAGGGUCCAGGGGGUGUUUUUCCAUGGGAGAGGGAUCGUGGGAAAUCCUAGUGGAUGAUUCCUGCUCAGUGCUCCAGGGGAAAAUGACUCCAUCACCGAGACCCCUGCCCGUGCGUCCUGGGUCUGCCUGGGUCAUGUCCUCUGCCUAAGCGCCUACGCCCUCUUUGAUACCACUGCUUAUUGGCAUCCAGCUAACUAUCCCUUGUUCUCUUGGACCGUGGCCUGGGGGGAGAUUUUAAUAAGAUUUUCCCUCUUUGGAGAGGGAAAAAAAAGACUUUUUAACGUGUCACAAGUGUGACCGCCAGAGUCCCUCGUCACUCCUGAAAAUCUGCAUCAUCGGGAAUUGGGCCCAUUUCUGCAGCAUUGGGUGGCUGGAGGUUUGCUCUGUGAGCAGAAAGCCACGCUCUGGAUUGACGCUAAGCUGCCCUGGUUAGAGCAGUGCCCAGUGGGCUCCCUGGUGCUGCUUUGGACUCUCUGACCGGUGGCUGAUUGCAUAUGAUAUACUGGUCACCGGUUAAAAACACAGGCUUCAUAACAGCCAGCACCGGCCUUGUGACAGCCGGAAGAGUUUUGGUUACCCAAUGCACGGGUCUUAGAGCCACCCAACAAUAAGAUUCCUCUGGGCAAAGAUGUGACGUGGGGCGGACAAUGCACCGGUGUGUGGAGGGCCAGCACUGUGGUGCACAGCCCCAGCUGUGAACUUGGCCUCUGCUGAGUUCAUUUGAUGUUAUGCACUGAUCUGCCUAGACAGCAAAGCGAAAUUCAGGUUAAAGACCAAAACAGUCAGGAAACGAAUUCUAUUUGUAUUGCUAGGAGACUGUUACCAGAGCCCCCAGGCGCCAGUGGGUACUCUUACAAGCAUAUCACUUCCUAGGAAGGCGCAAGCUGCCCUCCUCUUCCUUCUGAGGUGGUUAUUUCCAAGAACAGCAGUGCUGGGAGCAGCUAAUUAGUGUGUUGGGAGAAGGCUGGCAGAGGGAGACAAGGCUUGCAACACGCCCUGAGGCUUGGAAGACUCGCUGAGCCCAAUUUCUGUUGGCUGCACAAGAGUUAUGCAAGGCAAAGCCCCAGUGACGUUUGAGGAUGUUGCAGUCUAUUUCUCGCCAGAGGAGUGGAAGGAGCUAGUGGAAUGGCAGAAAGAACUGUACUGGGACGUGAUGAAGGAGAAUUAUGAGCUUGUCACCUCACUAGUAGAUGAUGAGAUUGUGAAUGAAAGUAUGGAGGAGAAGAACCAGGAGGAAGAUGCUGAAAACCUGCUUCCAGUCAAGACCUUUUCAGUAAAACCUGAAGAGAAAGUUUCCCAAAGUUCAGUGAAGGUAAAAAACUGCCUGAGCCAGAGCAAACUCCAGACAAUGCAGAAAAACUCUGCAGGGAACACGCAAGGGAUAUCCACAAACAGCACGGCUCAGCAGAAAGCCCAAGUGACAGAGAGACCAGACGCCCUUCAGGAAUGCAAGCGAAGCUGUGUGGAGAAGACAGAUCUCCUGAUACGACAGAGGAACCACAAGAGGGAGAGGCCAUUUCCCUGCAGCGAGUGUGGGAAAUGCUUCUCUCAGAAAGGGGACCUGAAAAUCCACCUGAGAAUCCACACAGGGGAGCGGCCGUAUGCGUGCACUGAGUGCGGGAAAAGCUUCACCCAGAGGGGAUACCUGAAGAUCCACCUGAGGCUCCACACAGGAGAGAAGCCCUUUCCAUGCACUGAAUGUGGGAAACGGUUCCCGUCGAAGGGGGAUCUCAAAAUGCACCAGAAGAAGCACACGGGGGAGCGGCCCUUUCUGUGCAGUGAAUGUGGGAAGAGCUUCACUCGCAAGGUGGACCUCAAAGUCCACCAGAGGAAGCACACGGGGGAGAGGCCCUUUGCUUGCACUGAGUGCGGGAAGAGUUUUACUUCCAAGGGCUAUCUCAAGAUACACCUGGGACAGCACAAGGGGAAAAGGCCGUUCACAUGUCUGGAGUGCGGGAAAAGCUUCAUUUCCAAGGGCUCCCUCAAGGCGCACCAGAGAAUCCACACGGGUGAGACGCCCUUCACGUGCACCGAGUGUGCCAAGAGCUUCACCACCAAAGGCUAUCUCAAGAUACACCAGAGGCUACACACGGGGGAGACCCCGUAUCCCUGCAGCGAGUGCGGGAAGCGCUUCACCACCAAGGGCUAUCUGAAGAUACACCAGAAAAUCCACAUGGACGGGACCCCCUUCAUCUGCAGUGACUGCGGGAAGAGCUUUGCCACCAUGCGAUAUCUCAAGAUGCACCAGAGGAGCCACACGGGGGAGACCACAUUCUCCUGCGCGGAGUGUGGAGAGAGCUUCGCCCAGAAGGGCUACCUCCGCAUCCACCAGCGGAUGCACACAGGGGAGGGCCUGUUCACCUGCUCUGACUGUGGGAAAAGCUUCACUGCCAAGUACCUGCGGAUCCACCAGCGAAUGCACACAGGGGAGCGGCCCUUCACUUGCACGGAGUGUGGGAAAAGCUUCACCGCAGAGGGGUCUCUGAAAAUCCACCUCAAGAUCCACAGCCGGGUGCUGCUGAGUAUAUGCACCGACUGCGGGAAAAGCUUCUCCUCCAUGCGCUAUCUCAAGGUGCACCAGAAAACCCAUUCCCAACAGCCAGUGACGCUACCCAGCAAACCUGGGGAUGGUUUCCCACAGAAGGCGCUUGCCACUGUCCCUCAGAAAGCCCACAGAGAAAUGAUCUCAUUUACCUGCAGGGACUGCGGGAAAAGCUUCUGCCAAAAGUCUAAUUUAAUAACACACCAGAAAGCCCACGCGCAGGAGAGACAGGUUCUCACACACAGUCCCAGCACCGGCCCUGCUGCCACUCCACCGACAUCCGUGAAGUCGCACCCAGUGAAUUUGGCUCAGGAAGUUUUAAGAGCAGGGAAAGAUCAUCUCAACCCAAAUCCCUAUUCCCUGGUAAUGGAUUUAAAGCCCAGCUUCCAGUUUGCUCUGCAGACCUGUCCACUUUCCCCAGGAGUAAAUCUAGGUGUCUCCUGAGCUCACGUGGCAUCCCGCUCCUGCUGACAAUGUAUCCCGUGUGGUUAUUGUUACCUUUUGCAUGAUGUAGCUCUGCCCAGGUUCCUCCAUUUACUCCCAAUUCCUAACCCUCCCCUAUUGCACCCUUCUAAGGUAGCUGGAUGGUACCCGGUCCUGCAGUGCCCCAGGUGGGGACUCACAAGAGCCUUACAUGCUACCACAUCCUUUGGUUUUCCUCCUCUUCUAUCCAUGCAGCAUAGCAUCUGGUCUGGCUUUUUUGUUGCAGCUUCGCAUUGAGGGGGUGAUUUCAAUGAUUUUAUCACAAUAAAUCCCACUCGCGUGCUGGGCAUCGAGGGAUACUGAGCAUA